AUGACGGCCGCUCACUGCGUCGUCGGUGCCCUUAAAUGCAAAUAUGCCCCAUAUGGUCAGCUCUUCUCGUAUCAUGAUGUCACUGGAGAACACAGGGCGGUUAUGGUUGCAUACCAUAAUUACACGCAGCGCCAAUGUCCAGCCUACAACGUGGAAGUGAAAGGCGUAAUUAUGCAUCCCUCCUUCACCUACCAGCCUUCAAGCGCCGGCUUUGACAUAGCCCUUCUGCAGCUGAAAUGCCCAGUCAAACCAUGUACGUCUGAGCACAUUCUUUGCGCAGACAUUACUUUAAAAGCGAUAAAGUAUACUUCGAUUUAA